ACUAUCCGAAGAUAUAAACGUUUUCUGUCGGCUUCAGUGUUACGUUGUUUCGUGAAUUUCUCAGUUUCUGAAAGUGUCUCAAGGAGUUUGAAUCUAAUUGCUUUCUCUGAAGGAUUGGAAUUUUGUUUCCAGUGUUGAAGUUUUCUCUGCCUAGUCUGUAAGUGUUAUCUGUUGAUCUACUACAGCUCAAUGGAUCUGGAUAAAGCUAUUCAAGAUCUGUCGAUUUCGGAUGAUAAACCGCUAGUUCUGUCUAAUUUGCCAAAGUAUUGUUCUACCGAAAGGAAUAGUUGUAGUAUUAUGGGGCGUUUCCUGAAUCCGGAAGCUCAAAGAAUGUCUAAUUGGAUAUUAGACAUGCCAAGAAUCUGGAGAUUAUAUAAUCGUGUUCGAGGAGUGGCUUUGUCUAAAGAUAGAUUUCAAUUUAUCUUUAAAUCAGAAGAGGAUCUCGAUGGAAUUCUGAAGAUAGGAGUUUGGACUCAGGAUGAUUGGUGUGUUGUGAUGGAAAAAUGGUUGGAGAACCCUCCACCAGAUUACUUGAUGUUUCUUCCGAUAUGGGUUAGACUGCGUAAUCUUCCGGUGAAUUAUUAUACCAAAGACACAAUUGAGGAUAUAGCAGCGUGUGUUGGUAAAGUGCUUCAAGUGGCCCUUGAUCUAGAAAAAUCUCAGGUUCAAGAUUAUGUUAGAGUUCAAGUGCUGUUAAAUGUUUCUAAUCCUCUUCGCAAUUCGAAGGAAGUGCAACUGCCGACUGGAGAAAUCGUAAUCAUCUCUUUUGAUUAUGAAAGGGUUCGCAAAAGGUGUUUUAAUUGUCAAAGACUAUCACAUGACAAGACAAGAUGCCCCUUUAAGCUGAGUACGUCUCCAAAAGUUUCCUCUGUGGUUUCUGAGGAGAAAUUAAAAGAAAAAGAGGUCAUUAACAAAGACUUCCAUAUGCAAUUGUCAACACCGAGUCCUAUGAAGUUUAUGGCAGAUGCGAUGAAGAAGUAUGGAGAUUCAAAGGUGGUCUCUAAUUCUUUAGAGGAAAACUUUGAAGAGGAUCUGUCAGACUUGGAACUGUUUGUUGGUUUCAAAACAGGAAGCUGUGAAGCUAGCUCUUCUGCGAAUGGAAAUAAAAAAGAUGCUGCAAGUAAAGUGAAGACUUCAUGGCAAAGGAAUUCAAAAUCUGCAAAAGAACUUUUGAUGAAGGAAAAGGUUAGUAAUUUUGAUUCUAAAGAGAAGUUUGAUAGAGUUUUCAAAAGGAAAGCUCAAUUUGCAGAUACAGAAGUUUCAAAGGGAAUGGAUUUACAUGGGGAGGAACAAGGAAUGACUAUUGGGUUCAAUGCAAAUUAGAUAGAUGUUUUGGGAAUCCUGCUUGGUCUGCUUUGUUUCCUAAUUCCCAUCAGUGGUUUCUGGAAAAGUUUGGAUCAGAUCAUAGACCAGUAUUGGUUAAAUUUAUCAAUGAUCAAGAAGUUUUCAGAGGGCAGUUUAGAUUUGAUAAGAGACUAGCAGAUAAUCCCAUCUG